AUGCACAGAUACAAACAUAGUGCUGUUGAGAUUUUACACUUAAGCACAGACUGGGACAGUGAUGGGGAGAGUAAAGGGCAUCAGAGAAAUCCCGGACGAUAUAUGCAAACCAAGGCAAUUGCCCUUAAUGAGAAUCUCACUGCCCCAAAUGGUGAAGGAAAUAAAGUGCUGUGGAAAACAUCCCUUUUUAAGUCAACUGUUUCUGCAGAGCAGUGUGUUUCUUUCAGCACAAGCUCCAAUCAAAUAUUCAAUCAUAGCGAUUUGUGGACAGACUGUUCGGAACAUCUGGAAAGUAACAUCGCCCAAGCUGAAAAUACUUUGAGCCAUUUGGAAGAUAAGAUUGGCCUGAACUUUCAGUCAAGUAUUUCUGAUCAUCAGAGAUUUAGAAAUGAAGAAGAAAGUGCUCAGUGGGAUCCAUACGAGACAGGUUUCACCGAGGAGUCCACCCUGCAGAAUGACCAGAGGGUUUCCACUGGAGUCAGAAUUGCUCAAUGCACUGAAUCUCAGAAAACAUUGAACCAGGGCUCCAGUGUUCACAGAUGUCUCAGGGCUAGGUUUGAAGAGAACCAUCAUGAAUGUGAUAAAUAUGGGGAAGGCUUUCAUUCAAACUCUAACCUGAGUAUACAUAACAGUGUACUUUUGGGAGACAAUCCUCAUAAAGAUAAUGAAUGUGGGAAAUCUUGUAACCAGUCCUCCAGUGUUGGUGAUCAUCAGAGAAUUCACGAGGGAAAAAAUGCAUUCAGUCCAAAUAAACAAGGGACCAUGUUUACUCGGUCAGUAAGUCUAAAAAGAAAUGACAUAGUUCCUAGGGGAAUGGAAACCUACAUCUUUAAGGAAUGUGGUAAAUCCUUUGACUGCCAAUCAACACUGUCUCAACAUCAGCGAAUGCGUACUAGAGGAAAAGUAUACAAAUGUGAAGAAGGUGGUCAAACCUUUAAGGACUGUUCAUCAAUAAAUGGACAUUUGCAGAUCUGUACUGGAGAGGAAAAUUACAAGUGUAAUGAAAGUGCCAAAGUCUUUAAAUCACACUCAAAACUUACUGAACAUCACAGAAUUCAUAGUGGAGAAAAACCUUACCAGUGUCAAGAAUGUGGCAAGACUUUUAAGCAUAAUUCACACCUCAGUCGACACAGCAGAACUCAUGCUAGAGCAAAAUGCUAUAAAUAUCAAGAAUGUGGGAAGGCCAUUAAUGGGAGCUCAAGGCUUACUCAACAUCAGAGAAUUCAUAUUGGGGAAAAACCUUACCGGUGUCAAGAAUGUGGCAAGACCUUUAAGAAUAAUUCACACCUCAGUCGACACAGCAGAACUCAUGCUAGAGCAAAACGCUAUAAAUAUCAAGAAUGUGGGACGGCCAUUAAUGGGAGCUCAAGGCUUACUCAACAUCAGAGAAUUCAUAUUGGAAAAAAACCUUACCAAUGUCUAGAAUGUGGCAAAGCCUUUAACCACAGGUCACCCUUUAUUCGACAUCACAGAAGUCACACUGGAGAGAAACGUUACCAAUGUCAAGAAUGUGGUAAGGCCUUUAUUGACAGUGGUGCCCUUGUUCGACAUCACAGAAUUCAUACUGGAGAGAAACCUUACCAAUGUCAAGAAUGUGGCAAGGCCUUUAACGUGCACUCACACCUCACUCGACAUAACAGAACUCAUACUAAAGCAAAACGCUAUUAA